CCGAGGGAGCGCUAAUCGCCGCUAAAAAAAAAUCUCACAGCAACACAACGGACCGCACAAGGCUGCUACUGGUGCACCAGUCUCUGGACCCUCUCUCCUUAAAGCGUCGCUCUCCACCGAGCACCACACAUCAUUUUCCCGCUAGCCGCCUGUCCAGCCUCCUCACCCCCCCAAAACCUAACCUGCCAACAGCUCUUUUCUCUCCCCUUUGCUGCAUCGACACAUCCAACCUGCAUCAGCCGAUCGACUUUUCGCCCUCUCGCCGCCUCGACCGCAAUACACCAAGCAACGAGCACGCAUUUGCUUCAGUCUUGUGUUUUUUUUUUUCACUCUUCGUCGUCGCAGCCUUACCGCCUUUCGCCCACCGCAUUCGGUCGACGCGUCGGCUAUCCCGCAACUUCGGUUUUUCUUCCUCGCCGCCCUCGAAGGAGCUCAAUUGCGAGCUUUCUCUACACAUUUAUCUUGCACAUAUAGCUGCUAGACCCCCAAACAAUACCGCCAAGAUGAUGUCCGGUGAAGCAUGGCUGUUUUUGCUGUCGGUGUUGGUCAACGCCGUCAACCUGUUCUUGCAGGUCUUCUUUACUAUCAUGUACAGUGAUUUGGAGUGCGACUACAUUAACCCCAUCGACCUUUGCAACCGCCUCAACGCCUACAUUCUCCCUGAGGCCGCUGUUCACGCGUUCUUGUCCCUUCUCUUCCUCCUCAACGGAUACUGGGUCGCUCUCGUUCUUAACCUGCCUCUUCUCGGCUGGAACAUUAAGAAGAUUGUUGACAACACCCAUCUUCUUGAUGCUACGGAGAUCUUCCGCAAGCUUAACGUUCACAAGAAGGAAUCCUUUGUCAAGCUCGGCUUCCACUUGCUCAUGUUCUUCUUCUACCUCUACAGCAUGAUUGUCGCCCUCAUCCGCGACGAGUCUUCUUAAGUCAUCCACGCUGCAUCGAACGAAGGUUUAUAGGCGCCAAAGGCGAGCGACAGGCAUGUCGUUCGCAACGUGGCUGCAAAGCGUAGCGACAUGUGUAUUCAGGACAUUACGAAUAAAUGAUGGAGCUUGUUCGGGAAGCAUGGAGUAAAAUGGAAAUAGGACAUACCCCUGUCGGUAAACUGUUGCGGUACCUAAUACGGUGUUGACGGCUUGGGCAAAGUGAGCUUUGUGGAACAAAAGCAUCCUUUUGCUCAGCCCGACAUGCAAUUUCUGUGCCAGCCACUGAGACUGUUUGCCACUCUUGAGAAAUAUAGUAAUGACAAUAUAAAUAAUUCGUCUAGUUUUAACCUUACCACUCGUAAAUUCAAUAUGGUUG